GUCAUUUAUCCAGCAUUCCCUCAUUAACCCAGAGGUUUUCUGUUUUGCUGACUACCCCUGUCACACUGUUGCCACGGAUAUCUUGAAAGCACCACCCGAAGAUGACAAUCGGGAAAUUGCCACUUGGAAGAGUCUGGACUUGAUUGAGUCUCUGUUGCGGCUGGCAGAGGUGGGGCAGUAUGAACAGGUUAAGCAGCUCUUCAGCUUCCCUAUCAAGCAUUGCCCAGAUAUGUUGGUAUUGGCUUUACUACAGAUCAACACUUCCUGGCAUACUCUGCGGCAUGAACUCAUCUCCACACUGAUGCCCAUUUUCCUUGGCAACCACCCCAACUCUGCCAUCAUCUUGCAUUACGCUUGGCAUGGGCAGGGCCAGUCUCCUUCGAUUCGCCAGCUCAUUAUGCACGCUAUGGCAGAAUGGUACAUGAGAGGGGAACAGUACGACCAAGCGAAAUUAUCACGUAUUUUAGACGUGGCCCAAGACUUGAAGGCUUUGUCAAUGCUGCUAAAUGGUACCCCGUUUGCCUUUGUAAUUGACCUUGCUGCACUUGCCUCUCGACGGGAAUACCUCAAAUUAGACAAAUGGCUCACAGAUAAAAUCCGGGAGCAUGGGGUAAAGCAGGAUUUUCUUAAUUAUUUUUUGAUGGUAACAGUCACUUCUAAAAAAACCAGCAACAACAUUGUUGCCCUAAAAUUGAUAUAUUCAAAAAAUACAGUUUUCAGCAUGCGUUCUUGAAUUAAUAUGUUCAACUGGUGCAGUGGUUCUUAACCUUUUCUUUACCAGGGGCCCCCUUGAAAUAUCAUUUGUUGCCACGGACCCCCUAAGACUUAACUCAGUGUAUGAAACCCUAACAUGCAUCAAAUACUGUACUUGACACUUUGACUUGGGACGGCUGGGGUUGCCUUUUGUUCCAGCUGAAGGAGAAAGAGGCAAGGAGGGCAAGUGAACCCUCCUGGGG